CGCGCGCAGCAGCUUUAAUUCUAAGCCGCUACCCCAACCCCGGCGUCCUCAUUCGGGUUGGGGUGUGCGUGCGCUUUGUUAAGUCGUAACCAACAAAAAUGGCCAAAGACCUAUCACGGCGCCCCGAACCACCGACGAAAAAGCCCCGGAACAGGCGCAGGUCAUCCUUGCCACUAUUAUUCUAUCUGAUUGAAGAUCGUACGACCCCGAUGAGACAAGCUCACCGGCUUGUUUGCAGAGCAUUAUCAUGUUGCGCGCCCCGAUGGUUGACCCCCUAUCUUCGGGCGCCGUGGAUUUUCAAAAGAGCAGACGAUCGGAGGGGGCUGACCCACCACCCUUCCUCCUUCCGGAUUUCCGUGGAUUUUUUUUGGCUGCCUCAAAAAAUAAAAGGAUAACUUCUUUCCCGC